AUGUCCCUGCAGGACGAGUCCGUGGUGGCGGCGAUGUCCCUGUUCUUCACUAAGGAGCAGCUCUCCACGGUGAGGACCCAGCCAGGGGACCCUAACGUGUCCCCAAGGGAUGGCGGAGCCCUGGAGCAGGAGUCCCCGAGGUACCGCUUCCGCAAGCGGGACAAGAUGCUCUUCUACGGGCGCAAGAUCAUGCGCAAGGUGUCCCAAUCCACGUCGUCCCUGAUGGACACGACCAUCUCCAGCGCCUCGCGCCCGCGCAUGAAGAGGAGGCUGAGGAUGUUCAACCUGGCCAGGAAGUUCCUGCACAUGCAGAAGGAGCUGCCCAAGCUGCAGAUGAAGGAGCCGUCGCCGGUGCUGCUGGAGGCCGACCUGAGCGAGUUCGACAUGGGCAGCUCCCACCUGCCCUCCGAGGUGCUCUUCAUGCUCAAGAACGUGCGGGUGCUGGGUCACUUUGAGAAGCCCUUGUUCCUGGAGCUCUGCAAGCACAUGGUAUUCCAGCAGUGCCAUCAAGGGGAAUACGUUUUCCGGCCAGGACAACCGGACUCCAGCAUCUACGUGCUGCAGGAUGGGAAACUGGAGCUGAUCCUCACCGAACCCGAUGGGAAGGAGACAGUGAUGAAGGAGGUGUUCCCUGGGGACAGCGUGCACAGUCUGCUCAGCAUCCUCGAUGUCCUCACGGGCCACCAGCGUCCGUACAAGACAGUGAGUGCCCGGGCAGCAGCAAACUCCACCAUCCUCCGGUUGCCAGUUGAAGCUUUCUCAACCAUCUUUGAGAACUACCCCGAGAGCUUGGUACGGGUGGUGCAGAUCAUCAUGGUGCGCCUGCAGCGAGUCACCUUCUUGGCUUUGCACAACUACCUUGGCUUGACCAAUGAGCUCUUCAGCCACGACAUGCAACCACCAAAGCUCUUCCCACAGCCCAGCCACACUGCCCGCACCAGCCCCGUCCGCCACGGCAAGCGCGGCCUUGGCCACAUGGAUGAGGGCCGGGAGCCAGGUAGGAGCUGGGAAUGGACUGAGCCACUGAAAGCUGGAGGCCUGGAGCCCCCCACGCCAACCAUGAGCCGCUGCAUCUCCAUGCCUGUGGACAUUGCUGGUAUCCAGAAGGGUCCUCGCUCUGACUUCGACCUGGCCUACGAGCGCGGGCGCAUCUCGGUGUCGCUGCAGGAGGACAGGACCAGCACCUUCCCCACCUUCUCCCGGUCCAUCUCCCAUGAGCCUAAGGAGCGCAAGACAGUGACGCUGGAGGAGCAACCAUCUGGUAUUUACCGCUACAGCUAUGGCAGGGAUGAGUCCACACCUAUGAACCCUCCCGUUGGACCAUACCAGGGCAGCCAGAGCAGCACCAUCUUGGAGACUGCCAAGCAAGAGCUGGGCAAGCUCAUGAAGUUGGAGGACCCUUCUCUCCUUGACAACCGUGUCCAGCUCUAUCGCGCCAAGGCCGGGGCAGUCAUUGCCUGUGAAGGGGAACAGGAUGCGAGCCUCUACUUUGUCAUCUGUGGCUGCCUGCAUGUGUACCAGCAGAUGAUUGACAAGGCUGAACACGUCUUCCUCUUCUUGACCCAACCUGGAGAGAUGGUGGGACAACUGGGCGUGCUCACCGGUGAGCCCCUCAUCUACACCAUCAAGGCCAACCGUGACUGCACCUUCCUCAAGAUGUCCAAGAUGGACUUCUACGACAUCAUGCGGGAGCAGCCCAGCGUGGUGCUGACUGUCGCCCACAUCGUGGUGGCUCGUAUGUCCCCUUUCGUGCGCCAGAUGGACUUUGCCAUCGACUGGAUGGCGGUGGAGGCCGGGCGGGCACUCUACAGGCAGGGGGACAAGUCGGACUGCACCUACAUCGUGCUCAAUGGGCGCCUCCGCUCCGUCAUCCAGAAGGGCAGCGGCAAGAAGGAGCUCGUCGGGGAGUACGGCCGGGCAGACCUCAUCGGGGUGGUGGAAGCCCUCACCCGGCAGCCUCGUGCCACCACGGUCCAUGCGGUGCGGGACUCGGAGCUGGCCAAGCUGCCUGAGGGCACCUUGAACAACAUCAAGCGCAGAUACCCCCAGGUUGUCACCCGCCUCAUCCACCUUCUGAGCCAGAAGAUCUUGGGAAGCCUUCAGCAGCUCCGCGGGCCCUUUGCAAGCUCUGGCUUGGGCAUGGCCUCCAGCUCGGAGCCCAUUAACCCCACCAGCAACCUCUCGACGGUGGCGGUGCUGCCGGUGUGUGACAGUGUCCCUGCUGUGGCCUUCUCACUGGAGCUCAAGCAUGCUCUCGACGCCAUUGGUCCCACUUUGCUCCUCACCAGCGACGUUCUCCGUAUCAACCUUGGCUACUUGGCGCUGGAAAGCAUCCAGGAGUACCGCCUGUCGGGGUGGUUGGCGCAGCAGGAGGACAGCCACCGCAUCGUCCUCUACCUGACUGACUCCACCCUGACCUCCUGGACCGUGCGGUGCAUCCGUCAGGCCGACUGCAUCCUCAUCGUAGGAAUGGGUGACCAAGAGCCAAUGGUGGGAAAGCUGGAGCAGACGCUGGAGAACACAGCAGUGCGGGCACUGAAGCAGUUGGUUCUCCUCCACCGUGAGGGUGGUCCCGGCCCUUCCCGCACCGUUGAGUGGCUCAACAUGCGCAGUUGGUGCUCGGGUCACCUCCACAUCAGGUGUCCCAAGCACAUCUUCACCCGACGGAACCCCGCCAAACUGCAGGAGACAUAUGAUAAGUUGUAUAAGAAGAAGGCCGACAUCCACAGCGACUUCUCCCGCCUGGCGCGUGUCCUCACCGGCAACACCAUCGCCCUUGUCCUGGGUGGUGGCGGAGCCAGGGGCUGCUCCCACAUUGGGGUGAUCAAGGCGAUGGAGGAAUCGGGGAUCCCCAUUGACAUGGUUGGUGGCACCUCCAUCGGCGCCUUCAUCGGGGCGCUCUACGCCGAGGAGCGCUGCGCCGACAGCACCAUGCAGCGGGCACGGGAGUGGGCCAAGUGCAUGAACUCAGUGUUUGCGACCGUCCUGGACCUCACCUACCCCAUCACGUCCAUGUUUUCGGGCUCAGCCUUCAAUGACAGCAUCAACAAGGUUUUCCAGGACAAGCAGAUCGAGGACCUGUGGCUGCCCUACUUCAACGUCACAACUGACAUCACGGCCUCGGCCAUGCGGGUGCACACGGAUGGCUCGCUCUGGCGCUACGUGCGAGCCAGCAUGACCCUUUCUGGGUACCUCCCACCACUCUGUGACCCCAAGGAUGGCAACUUACUGAUGGAUGGUGGUUACAUCAACAACCUGCCAGCCGACAUCGCCCGCAGCAUGGGGGCCAAGACCGUGGUGGCCAUCGACGUGGGCAGCCAGGAUGAGACAGACCUUUGCAACUAUGGGGACACUUUGUCUGGCUGGUGGCUCCUCUGGAAGCGCCUCAACCCCUGGGCUGAGAAGGUCAAGGUGCCUGACAUGGCAGAGAUCCAGUCCCGCCUGGCCUACGUGUCCUGCGUGCGGCAGCUCGAGGUGGUGAAGUCCAGCUCCUACUGCGAGUACAUCCGGCCCCCCAUCGACAGCUUCAAGACCAUGGACUUCGGCAAGUUCGAUGAGAUCUAUGAAGUUGGGUACCACCAUGGCAAGAUGGUCUUCGACCACUGGAGCCAGUACGACAUCAUUGAGAAGAUGGUGAAGGACCGGCGAUGGGCCGACUUCUGCGACAUCGAGCGUGUGGACGUGCUCAAGACUCACUUCAUUGACCUGGCUGAGAUGGUGUCGCGCAUCGAGCCGGCGCAGCCCUGUGCUGAAGAGGAGUCCGACGACAUCACAGACUAUGAGGAUGAGGAACUGGAGCCACCACAGGAUGAGGAGGAUGCGGCCGCCCCUUUGGAACCAGCCCCCACCGGCACCCCGGAGGCU